AGUUUAUAUCGUUGUCAAACGUGAUCGUUUUGUUGGUCGAAAAUUCAAAUUUCACAAUUAGAAAGUGCAAAAAUGUCUUCAAGAUCGAGUAAAACAACGAACGAACAGUUCAGCACGAUGAUUGAUUUUUUGGAGGAACAUUCGAUGAUGAUUUCGAAUAGAUCGAAAAAAGUUUCGGAAAAGUAUAUUAAAAUGUUGAACGAUUUAUGGGACGAUUUGACUCUGUUGCUAAACAACUCUGUCAAAGGAGCUGUGAAAUCUAGAUCCCAGUGGAAAAAGACUUUUUCAGACUGGAAAUACAUAAACAAAAAAAAGUAUGCAACGCUCCACGCAGACGGUAAAAUAAACAAAGACGGUGAAGUUACAGGGCCGUAUUUAACGCCAUCUGAGGACAGGUUGUUAAGACUUUUAAUACAAGCUGAAGGUUCUAAAUAUGUUUUAUCAAAUAGUAAUGAAAACAAUAAUGAGUCUAGGACUAUAUAUGUUAAGGAGGAAGAUAGUGAUGAGUCUGACACACACAUAGACAUUGGACAGGAAAAAAAUUCUAAAAGACUGGCUGAAAAACAAGGAAAUUAUAAAUUGAAAAGACCACACCAUGACAUCAGUAAUGGAAUUCCAGAUGAUGAUUUUACAGAUGUGGCUAUUGAAGGUUCCAAUAAAAUAGAAAUAAAAUUACGAGAAAAAGAACUGAACAUAUAUGUUCAGUCUUAUAAGACUUAUUGAAGCAAAAAAUAGAAAAGAAGAGUUAAGAUUAAAACAAAUUGAGUUAGAUUUGCGAAAGGAAGAGUUAAAAAUAA